UAUUUAAAAGAUAAUGAAUGUUAGUAAAGUGAAAGGAUAAAUGACUGUUUAGGUAUCUGCAUACAUAUAUUUUUUUCCUCAGUCAUUCACAGUGGGUUCAUCACAUAUAUACAUAAACAGCUAUUGUGAAUAAUUCAUUUUCUCGUCACGUACACCAGUGUACACAAUAGACAGAAAUAAUUUUGUAAUCAAGCUGGAUAAAGUUUUUGAUUCACUUGUGUAAAUUGUAAAUUUUUAAUUUUGUCUCGUUUUUGCAUAGAAAGUCAUGUAAAAAAUAGUCGAAAUGCAAAAAAAUUGUAUGCUGUGUUUAAAUGCCACCUUUUUUCAUUAAAUGCAAGUUCUUUUAUUGAACAAAAAAUCAAAUAAUUUCUUGUAUGUACUUACAUGUUUAGUGGACUCAUAACAAAUGUGUUGAUUAAAAUAAUAAAAUGUGUCUUAUAUAUAAUCUAUGUUGAAAAAAAGUUAAAUAAAACUUACUAGUGAAAAGAUAUAUGUACAAUUAGAAAAAAUAUGAAAUUUCGAUUAAACAUAUGAAGUAAUAAAUACAUAUUACAUUAUAAUUCCGUUGUAAUAGAAUUGCGAUUGGUUGGUAAAAGUAAUCGUAAAUAAGAAAAAUGUCUGCAGAUAUAGCGCGUAUUAUGGUAUUUCGUCCAACAUGGGAAGAAUUUAAAGAUUUUCCUAAAUAUGUAGCUUACAUGGAAUCUCAAGGAGCCCAUAAGGCUGGUUUGGCUAAAGUAGUACCGCCGCCUGAAUGGGUUCCCCGAAAAUCAGGUUACAAUGACUUAGACGCUCUAAAGAUAACAAUACCGGCUCCCAUUUGCCAAGUUGUAACGGGCAAACAGGGACUGUAUCAACAAAUUAAUAUACAGAAGAAGCCAUUGACUGUUAAACAAUUCUCUGAAUUGGCCAGCACAGAGCGAUAUCAGACACCUAAACAUUUUGAUUACGAAGACUUAGAAAGAAAAUAUUGGAAAAAUAUAACUUAUGUGGCUCCAAUAUAUGGAGCCGAUGUUAGUGGUAGCAUUACAGAUCCAGAUCAAUGUAGUUGGAAUAUUAACCGUUUGGGAACCAUACUCGAUUACGUCAACGAAGAUUAUGGUAUUCAAAUUGACGGUGUAAAUACAGCUUACCUUUAUUUUGGUAUGUGGAAAACUACAUUUGCUUGGCAUACAGAAGAUAUGGAUUUAUAUUCGAUAAAUUAUUUGCACUUUGGUGCUCCGAAAACUUGGUAUGCAGUGCCACCUGAAUAUGGCCGCAAAUUAGAAAAGGUUGCCAAUCAGUAUUUUCCUGCCAGUUAUAAAAACUGUAAUGCUUACUUGCGACAUAAGAUGACUUUAAUAAGCCCACAAAUAUUAAAACAACAUGACGUCCCUGUAAAUAAGAUUACACAAGAGUCGGGGGAGAUAAUGAUAACAUUUCCCUUUGGUUAUCAUGCGGGUUUUAAUCACGGUUUUAAUUGUGCUGAAUCAACUAAUUUUGCCAUGGAACGUUGGAUAGAAUAUGGCAAACGUGCCACACAAUGUACCUGCAGCAACGAUAUGGUUAAGAUUUCUAUGGACACUUUUGUAAAACGUUUUCAACCAGAACGAUAUCAAGCCUGGCUUGAAGGCACAGAUUUAGGUCUACACCCGGAGGAUCCUCCUAAUGCAAUAGUACCCGCUCCUUUACCUUCGCAUUUAGAUGUCAUGUGCAAUAAAAAAAUGAAAAAACAAUGCAAUCCAACUAAAACAAAAUCGUUUAAAGAACGAAACCCAGAUUUGGAUUUAGAUGAGAUUCAGCAAAACCCAAAUAUACCUGACGACAUAAAGGCGGUGCUGAAAGAAAGCGUAUUAACAUUAGAUGCCGAAGAGGAAGAACCUGCUAUUGUGGGCGAUGAAAACGAAGGAAAUAGGUGUAUUGAAGGUCCUGCAGUUCUAAAAACAAAGAAAGAACUUUUAGCUUAUAUAGAUGAUGGUACAGAUGAGGAUGAUGAAGAUGAUCGUAACUUUAACAAACGUAAAAAUAAGCGUAAAACUGAUGCUGAAUAUGAUGAUGAUUGGUUGGCCAGCAAACGACGAACUAACUCGCGAAAUAGCAGUAAAGGGCGCAAUUCUCGAGGCAAAGAUAAAUCGAAAGAUGACCGUUCCAUAUCACCGGCCUCGUCGACAUCGUCAACAGCAACAACUAAGUCUGGACGUGGUAACAGAUCCAAUUCAAAAAUUAAUAUUACGAAAACACCUCGUAAAACUCCAGUUAAAAAAAAGAAAGGCGAUGAUAGAAAUUCUUUAACUUCAGACAGUCCAACAUUAAAUAGAUCAACAACCCCAAUAUCACAAACAACAGUAACUGGUAAUGCCGGAGGAGAUACUACUCUAAAGCAUAUUGCCACGCUAACGAAAAGUGAACAUCCGUCAUUGCAGUUUAUGCAACAACAGCGUAAAUUCGAAGGAAGAAUACCAAAAAUACAACAACAACAAACAACACCAAUGACCACAUUAUCAAGUGUUAAUACAACUAAUACUAUUGCUUGCUCCUCUCCGGGAUCUUCUACAGACGCUGACGUCGUUGGCACAGAAGGUGUAUCGACAGAAACUGUAAUUUCUAGUCAAAAUCAAACCGAACAAACGAUAGUUUAUGCAACCAUGUUGCCAGCCGCUACUACAUUGAAUGGCAUUCCAUCUCAUCAUCAGCCCCAGUAUAUUACAAUGCAAGCUCCAACAACGACUUUAAGUCCUACCACACAUACAGCAUCUAGUCCCAUAACGGCUACAACAACUGACGGCGCUGUUUAUCAGUACAAAUCGGAAAUUAUUUGUGAUACACAACAUCGAUACCAACAGCAGCAACAACCAUCAUCGCAAUCUCAUGAUAAUCACGACAAUGUGGUCACCACUAUUAGUUCGUCCCCCCUACUGCUCACCACAACAUCUUCAACGUCGCCACCGCCGCCAUUGUCAACAACAAUAUCGACCAAUGCCAACAACAGCAGCAACGAGACAACAACACAGACGUCACAAUCUCAGUACCGCUAUAUUACCACCACCACAACCAGUCCAACAAAUAGAGAAGAAGUUACACAACACCCGACUCCGACAACGACAAUUGUGUAUGAAAACUAUGAAGGCGACGUUGCCCCGAACGGAAGUACAAUCAUUAAAUUCGAGGGUGGAGAAUAUGAAGUAAUAAAGAGUGAAAUAAAUGACAAUCAUAUUAUACAAACAACAAACACAAACGCCAUACAACAUCAGCAUUCCCAUCAGCAGCUUCAGCAGCAGGAAGUGAUUGUCAAAUAUGAAGAUCAGAGUUUAGAUGAUGAUAGUUAUGAGGAAUUCCAGAACGUUUCACACUCUCCACAAAAGGAUCAGCAACCAGGAAUAACUUACCAAACUAUAACUCACCAUGAUAAGGAAUCAAAUCAAACGAUUACCGAAACCAUAGCUAUACCGAGUGGAGGCACAUUACCUACUGUUAAACAAAAACGUAAACGUAAAACACGUUCAGUAGCGGCUGAUGAACAGGGUGAAUAUUUGGAAAAAAUGUCGGUUAGAGGCUUAGACAUUCAAAGGUACGAACACAUUAUUGAUGGUGUCUCGUAUUGUUUGGUAUGUGCUAAAAACGAUAUUUAUAAGACAUUUAAAAAUAAAUACAGUUUCCAACGUCACGCCUAUCUCUUCCAUGAGGGAGAUAAUCGUAAAAUAUUUGCUUGUCCCAUAUGUAACAAAGAAUUCUCCCGGCCGGACAAAAUGAAAAUGCAUAAGAAAGAUAAACAUGGUGAUAUGGCGUUGCCAGAUCCAAAUGCCAAUAGCGGCGCUGGUACACCUGUAAAAAAUAACUCUCAAAUUGCCGAAACUCCACCUCCAGCUAAAAGAUCACGAAGUUCAGCGGUGAAAACACCAAGAGCAAGGAAACCUCGCAACACAUUGGCCAAUAUGAACAAUAAUGAACUUAUGGUUUCCCACAGCCCUAAUAAAGAUGCUGCAGUGCAAAAACGUUUGGCUCAAAUUGAUAGUGUCUUGGAUGAAGUGCAAAACGCGGAUUCUAAUCAAUCUGGAUGUAGUUUACAAAUUCAACAGCAAAAUAUUGUACAAGCCGUUCAACCACAGCAGCAGCAGCAGCAAAUACAACAACAGCAGCAGCAAAUACAACAACAGCAGUUACCAUCCCUAGAAUUUAGUGGAAUGAUUUUACCCGGUGGUGCACAAUUGGCUUUAGCAAAUCCAGGUGCCACGUCAAGUAUAAUGCAAACGCAACAACGGGUCUUGAAUAAUCAGCCAACACAACACUCUGCAGUGGCUGCUCAAAAUCAUUCCCCAGCAGCUGCUGGAACCACUACAUUGAUUUAUUCGAAUCAAAUUGAUUUACAGCAAGCUCUGCUGCAACAACAGUUGCAAGGUCAAAGUAUAAUGAUUCAAGAUCAAGCUGGGAAUUUAGUACCGUUGCAGUCAUUGCAAACUUUAGACGGUACACAGACAAUUUAUACUACGGCUCCGCCAUCAUCAGCACCUCGACAACAAAUUCUACAGGCCCAACCCACGCAAUCUACACAGCAAACAUUGGUAACCACACAUCCAACGCAUGUUAAAGUGGAAUCAAAUUCACCGCAGACUCAACAAACAAAUAACAAUAAUGCAUCUAGUCAUUCUAUACAGCAGCAUUACGAACUUGAAAAUGUUGCGUAUAUAUCAUCUUCAGCUCCCACACCAACAGUUCCUAGUCAUGCGUCUACCGAACAGCAUGUUAUUGGUACCGUGCAAAGCUAUCAAAUUUUAACACCCGACGGCCUCCAAAGCUAUCAAGCAGCGGCUAAUAAACUCGAGCCUAAUGAAAUUGAACUCUGUCCAUACAGUAUGUCAGCUACAACACCACAAUAUACGUACAGUAAUCAUUUAACUACCACCUCUGAUCCUUCGAUGCAUCCACAACAUCAUCAGCAAACUGUUAGCUCCAACGGACAGCAUCAAACUAUCCAUCAUCAAUCGCAUCACCAAAAUAAUCCUUCUGCUCAACAUAACCAUAACCAUCACCAACAUCAUCAUACAGCGCAUCAUCAGCUGCCAUCGUUAACUGCUCCGCAUCAUCAAUUUAUGGAAUUGAAAAACGAAUUACUUAUAAAAAGUUCUGACACAUAUUCGUUGGAUGCUGCCACCUCAAUGUAUCAUUUACCUUUCUCGCCCACUUCUAUGAUUAAUGCUGUGAGUGAUGUUAAUUCAUCCUCACUAUUGGAAACCAAAGAAAUUAGUUACGAUAUCAACGAAGCCGUGCUGUUAGCUCUUUAAUCAUAUCUUGAUCAAUCAAGGAAUUAAAUACAUACAUACAUGAAUUAUUUGGGAAAAGUAUUAUUUGUUUUAAAGUGGGGAAUCAAUCAUGUAUCACCAGGGUCCAUAAUUUUAACCGUGUUUCCUAUAUUUUCCGAGUCAUAUUUAACAAUUUCAUUAAACCUAAAAUGUUCCUUUUAUCAUUUCUUCAUACACUAUCAUUCUUUCUGUCACACACCUCUCAAAUUUGCACGUUGGCUGCUGCAGCUAGUUUUUGUUUUAAUAUUCCAAAUUAUUCCAUAUACAUACAUACUACAUAUUUUAAUACAAAAACUACAUUUUUAAACAAAAGAUUUUUCUAAAGAACUCAACACCAAGUCCUCCAACAGCGACCAUGUAUUUGUUAAGCCUUCCCAAAUGAAUGAAAAUUCAAAUUUAUCAACAUCAUUCUUACUAUCAAUAUCACACACUAAUAAUAACAAUAACAAU